ACAGAGCAGCAAGCGGAGAUCGGUGACAGCAGCACUGACCUGAGGCUUACAGGAGCCUUCGGGGGAACAGGGACCUGCCAGCAGCCCAGGACGAACAGUGACCAUGCAGGAUGCUUUUGGGAGCAGGAGGGAUCUGGGAUCCAGCCAUCCCUCAGCUGCAUGGACUGGCUUCCCACCUGCUUGAAGACUUGAGGAAGUUCUCUCUCCAUCUUUCCUCUUCCAGAGGAAAGGCAGGAGGUGGCUUGGAGCUGCCGAGCCCUGGCCUGUGGAGGGCGGACAGGGGGACAACAAGCUCUCCUGUUACCUUUCCCGAAGAUUUGGGGUCACACAUAGACCAUGAAUGGAUCCUUUUUCAACCAGACUCUCCUGGAGCAGGGAGCUGACCCCAACAGGACCCAGGGCUUGGGGAUGCUCAUGGCCUGCUGCAAUGGGACCAGCGCGGUGCUGGCGACUGAUGGUGGCUCCUUGGUGCUGGCACCUGACGAGAGGAGCCUUUUCAUCACGAGGGUGGUGCAGAUUGCUGUCCUCUGUGUCCUCUCCUUGACUGUGAUGUUUGGCAUCUUCUUUUUGGGCUGCAACUUGCUCAUCAAAUCAGAGAGCAUGAUUAACUUUCUGGUCAAGGACCGAAGACCUUCUAAGGACGUGGGCGCUGCAAUCAUGGGACUUUACUGAAGCCACUGGGCUCUUGUAGGCAAGUGAACUGUCUGGACCUGGUGUUGAGAUGCACAUUCCCAUGUGUUUGGGGCAACUGGGGGGAGUGGGAAAGGGGGGAGGGGGGAGGGUCUUGUAGUCUGUCUGUGUCCAUGGGAAAACAAACCUGUUCUUCCCAGUCAAGAAACUGUGGUGGUGAGUGGGGAAACCACCCCAGAGCUGUGUGAAGCACAAUACAUGACCAGCAUCGUGUUGCAUGCAGAAAUGGCUUAAGUUUUGCAUGAAACUUGCAGGAACAGUGAUUAUGUGGAGAUCUGGAUUCUUUACUGCUGUUACCUUGGAUACCACUACCUGGGAUUUAGGGCUAAAAAAAAAAAAAAAAGUCAUCACAAAAAGAAAACAAAAGAACAAACUAAAGAGAGAGCAAAAUGCAGGGCACAGACCGCGUCUUUGAGAGGGGCAGGGGAAAGGAAGCACUGUGUGGGUCUUCAUAAAACAAAGUCUGCAUGCUACAAAAUGUGUCAGUCUGUUGUGUUUUGGAUGUCGAGCAUGCAUCUUCUGGUUGUUUUGUAACAGGGAAAGCAUGUUCUUCCUUUUUUUCCUGAUCUAUCCUGUUAAAUAAACUGGUACUUUCUUCUUUCACACUAUGCUGGAGGAAGAAAAGGACCCAGAUAAAUACAAAUCCCUCCCCACCCCUAAAACAAAAGCAUGCUUGUUUUUGUACACAUGAGCCUCUUUUUUCCAAGUGCUACAUUGUUACAGUCCUUGAGGUUUUGUAAUUUUUGAAACCCGGUGAACAUUCAGGAAAAAAAACCAACCUGUUUCAACAGAA